UUAUAGUUACGAUUAGACUUUAAAGCAUUUUCAGCUAGAAACGUACAUAGAUUUAGUCAUGGUUGUGGUGUUUCACAGAGGCUCCGGCCCAAGGAUGCAGGUGGAUCUAGGCAGGUUCUGCACGUGGCAAACCUUGUACAGCUGGGGGGGAUUUUAGGCGUACCAAGGGGGCCCAGCCAGACUUCUUCCAGACCCACGAGGGCAGCAGGUAGCACGGCCACCCCUAGAGUGACUCCAUGUUUCCAGGGGAUGCCAGCACGAAGGGGUGGACGUGCUGGAUGUGCCAGGUCAGGCCCACCCCAUCGCUCUGCAGCACAAAGCAAACUGCAGCACAGAGGAAAAUAUAGCUCUAGAUGCUCAUCGGUGGGGAUUUUGCGGUCAUGAAGUAAGGAGUCUUCUGUGAGCUUAAUGGAAAAAAUAUAUAUAUUUAAUGAGCUUACAAAAAUCUUCUAUAGCAUAUUAAGUUGCACUAAGCUGAGAGAAGAGACGACAGGAAUAGCUUAUAACUACAAAGCGUGGCUUUGCCUCUCUGAAAGAAGGCAGAAGCAAGCAAGCCAAGAUGGCCAUCUUGUGUUUGGGAUUUUGUUUUGGGGAAGUCUUUUCAGUGAAUCUGGCCACAUAAGUCAAAUAUUUUUCCUCAGCUGUUAAAACUUUUUAGGUUUUUUGACUUGAAAACAGCUCAGACACGCACACCUACCUUAGCCAGCGGCAGAAGUUGCUGGACUCUGUUUCAGCAGAGGUUACUGUGUGCUAUUCUGCAUAGGGAAGAUAGCCAAAAUCCUGCCUCGGCAGCCACAAGGAGCAGGAUGUGGCUUCCAGGGGCUUCUGACCAUCCCUUCCCUGGCUAUGAGGUGGCCACCACUGUAUCCAGAAUGUCACUUGCAGUUGCCCCAGGUGCAAGGGGUGAUGAUCAUGACCUGAUUCACACAGGGUUUGGAGGAACCUCACUAGCACCAGAGCAGCCUGCCGGUGCCACCAGGGUCCUGCUCCACACAGUCCCCCUGGUCCUGCUGAGGGUUGGAAACCCCCAAGCCGGUGCCUGCACCAUCCCCUCUUUGCUUUGUUUGAGUUUCUGUUCGCGUUCACUUUGUGGUUCCUUUUUCUCUGUUCUGCUUUGCCUUGGUUUCGUUCCUUGCCACGUACCCAUCUUAUUCUUUUCAUUUGUCUUUUCUGUUCUUUUAGUUUCCACCCUUCAGAUAAGCGUGUGCUCCCCCUCCUCUCAGCCUCCUCCUCCCGCCUGCAGUAACUGGGGUCCUCCCUCCCCACCUCCUCAUGCCAGCGCUGGCUCUUCAUCACCCGCUGUCCCCGAGCCCACCAGUCAGUCCUCUCCCAGAUCCCCACGGAGAUCCAGGGAGCCCCCACAGCUCCUGCACAGGCAUUCAGCCUCUGAGCUGCCGAUGGCCCCGGGUUCCUCCUCUCCAGCCUGCCCAAACCGCAGGACCGUAACGCCAGGCAUCAGGAGAACCUCGCUGUCUCCACCACCUCCCCAUCCUUCCCACCUUCCCUUUGCCUCUCGCCAGCCUCUCAGGCGCUCUUCUCUUUCAUGCUCUCUUCGGUCUUCUGCUUCCCCCACUGCCAAUGCACCACCUCUGCAGAGGGGUGACACCCUGCAGCCACGCAGUCCCACCAUCCUGCCCGUGAUUCCUGUCCCACCUGACAGGCUCAAGGGACCCACAGAUAAAGCAGACCAGGAGACCUUGGCAGGUGUACCUGCAAAUGGGCAUCCUGAAGAACAAAUUGCUUUAGGCCCCUUUGGGGCCCAGGUGAAAAGCAUGGAUGGGUCCUUCUUUCCACACCUAGGAGCUGCACCCUCCUCCCUGCUGCCCACCAUCGCCAGCCCACCCAGCUCCUUUGGCCAGGCUCCCUCCCCAUCCUCCCAUCCAUCAUCUCGUCCUCCACAGCAGAGCUAUCAGCCCAUGUCACACUGUCUUCCAUUGCCUCCCCCAUAUGCUGCUAUGUCUGAGGUGGCUAUGCCCAGGAGGAACCCUCCUUACAUGACUUCAUCAGCCACUGCCCACUUGAGUAAGUACUGAUUUUUGAAUGAGUUGCGACCUGUAUAAAGCAGCUAUUCAAAAGGGCCCGUUGGCACUGCCCGUGACCUCUAGAAGAAGAGCUGAGAAACCCAAGGCUACUCCUUCUGUAUGUGAUUUCUGAAACUGAGGUGAAAAAGUGUCAAAGUCACUCAGGACUGGCUCAGGGACCUUCUGAGCUAAAUGCAAGGCUAAAAGCAAGAAUUACAGGACCAGGGGGCCGUAGCUGAGUUGUUGCAAUGCAUAUUUGUACUGCGUUAGCCCAGAAGGAGAUUUUUAUCAUUCAGCAGAGUCAAGUUGGGUUUGGCAGAGAGCUUUGUACAAAACCUAUUUUCAGCUGGUCCAAACGUAGCGGAUGGACUCUUCUGAAGCUGGAGGCUAGGUCUGAGUAGACUUCUUGUCUGUGUAGCACUAUUGGUAGAGGCUGUGAUUUUUAUUUUAUUUUUAAGUGGUAUUUCUGCUACCAGCAAAAGAUAUAUCAUGAUUUUUGUUAUAGUUACCCAGAAUCCCCUAUGCUCACAUAAUUGAUUUCAUUCUAGAAACUCUCUUCCUGGUAUAAACUGCAUUUAUAGUUGAGGGCUUGUCACUGUAACUAUUCCAGCAAACCUUUUUCAUUGCAGGCACAUCAAGAGCUUGGGUCUGCCACUUUGCAUAUGGUCUUGAUUUCUAGUGCUCGUCUAAAGCCUGCGGAGUUAGAACAGUUACGAGCAAUGCCUAUUUGCAAUUCAGAUCAUACGUUUUGUGACUUGGAUCCAUUCCUGUUUAUAACCACAUAUAAUGCUUAAAUGAUGUGCCUAGGAAAGGAAGAAAACUGAGAGACAUUUCCUUUCACUUUCUGCUAAAAAUAUUACAGCAACCACCGGAGGCUCAGUCCUUCAGCUGAUAUAAGUCCUUGAAAUCCACUUAGUUCAAUAAAGUUAUUUUAAACUCACAUCAGUCCAUUAUUUUGACUCAGUUCAAUUUUUGCCUCAGGCUGGCCUCUAAUUAGGUGGGUGUAGUUUUGCAAUUACAAUUAACUGUACCCACAAUGAAUUACUAGCUAUUAUGUUUGUGAACCAAAGAGGGCUUGAAACAUUUAAAGUAUUUCUAAUAGCAGCUAUGGUUCAUUUCAAGAAUGGAAUUGGGAGUGUGAAAUAAUGGUAGAAGUAACCACAGAAAUAAGGCAGUAUUGUAAGAAAACCUAGAUAAGAAGAAAACCAGGCUGCUAAUGUUAAAUACAGUUUCCAAAUGCUCCUCGGUCCAAAUCUGCCUGUCUUUCAAAAUAACACUUGCUGAACAGCUGAACCUGUGAUUAUGCAUUAGGAGCAGCCUGUUCUGAGAGAGUGUAAAUUGGGGGAAUACUCUUGGGGAGGUCUAUUUGUUUAACUGACCCCUUGCUGACAGGCAAAACACUGCGUCGGAGUUACCCACCACCAGCCCCUCCAACAGACUGCUGCUUUGAGGAGCUUCUCUGAACCCUGGGGUGCUUGGAGCUGGACUCUCCCCACCAAUACUUUGCAAAGACCAGCUGAGGCCUCGUGCUUUCUGUGCAACAGAAAGGAGGAUGUGUCCCUGUAGCCCAUAAUUCUGUGGAGUUGGCUGAUGUGGUUAGUUGUCUCCAUGAAGAAAGAUAACCAAAUGGAGUUGGCUGAUGUAGUUAGUUGUCUCCGUGAAGAAAGAUAACCAAAUGGAGCUGCCUGAUAUAGUUUGUUGUCUCCGUGUAGAAAGCUGAGAGAAGCAGAAGAUGCCAGUUACGAAUUGGGAAGUGUUGCCUGUGUUGUGAUUUCGGCACAGAAUAAAACACUAGGCCAGCCAGGGAGAAGAGGAGGGAGAAGGCUAGUUUAUCAGUGAUGGGGUUUCACAGGAGGACAUAAGGGUUGACCAGUGAUGUGACGACCCUUUCCCAUUCUUCUGCGUGCUUGGUGCCUCCAUGCAUUGCUCACCCAUCUCGCAGUCAGGUGAGAGAUGGUGACUCCAUGGGGAGUCAGACCCAUGGAGGGGCUGGAGGAGACCACGGCUUUCCCUUCUAACUCGCCUUCUCUGCA